AUGUUCCCUCCCGGAACCAAUGGGAAGCCAUCGAGGACAGAAAACGUACAGACGAAAGAGACCAAGGGACCAGCAACCCCUCCCACGCUUCACUUAUUCCAUGGCCUAGCAGCCCGGGAAUACCUAGCAGAAAAGGCGCUGUGCUGUGAGAACCGUAGACAGUUGGAGGACCCCCAAAAUAACAGCCCGCUAAUCUGGCCUGCCAUCGGCCGACAUAUCCUCCUUCUUUGGAGCUUGUACCUGCGACUUAGUUGGCUCCGUCGGUCUAGACGUCGCGACGGCCAAACAUCGCCUUUCCCGUCCGACCCUUUUUUCCCUUCUUCCUUGUCUUCCCGUCUCUUCUUUUCCUCUUCAAAAAGAGAAGCACCUCAACCGAUCUGCACUAGACACUACCUCAUCGGGCUCCUGUCACUUCUUUGCUUUUGCCGCAUUCCCAUUCGCAACAACGAUCACCGCCAUCCAACAUUGGCCCUCCCAUCCAAAACAUUGCUAUUACCUGAAAACAUAACUCACUCGACUCGCAAAUCACAAGUGAGCCGAAGACUAUUGAUCCUCCCUCCUCUCAGCCUGAAUACGACGAGACAACUACUACCCUCCUCCUCGACGACAUCGUUUCCCCUCUCCAUUGAUAGCUUUCAACUUGGUUGGCCGCCUCUAACCCCGCUCGCUCACUUCCACACCACACACAUCGUCGGAUAA